UUACUUCCGGCUGGAUGUCGUUUACGCUUGGUGGAGAAAAGUGGUUGUAGGGGCGGGGAGCGGCUGAGCGAAUGUUGUGGUGAAAAAUAAGAAAAUACUCUUGGUUAAAGGCAAGGAAACGAAUCCGCAAAGUGUUUACGAUUUGGACGAGCCGCUUCUGUUUGGAUUGUUAAUUUUCCUGUCGGUGAAAAAUGGGGAAUUGUCACACCGUCGGACCAAAUGAGGCCCUAGUGGUUUCAGGUGGCUGCUGUGGCUCUGAUCAGAAGACGUAUGUGGUGGGAGGCUGGGCUUGGGCCUGGUGGCUCAUCUCCGACAUCCAGAGGAUAACGCUUGAGAUUAUGACCCUGCAGCCCAAGUGUGAGGAUGUAGAGACAGCGGAGGGUGUAGCUAUUACUGUCACUGGGGUGGCUCAGGUGAAGGUGAUGACGGACAAUGAUCUCCUUGGUUACGCCUGUGAACAGUUUCUGGGCAAAUCUGUCCAGGAGAUCAAGAGCGUCGUCCUGCAGACUCUUGAGGGUCAUCUCCGUGCCAUUCUCGGUACUCUAACUGUUGAGCAGAUUUACCAAGACCGUGACAAGUUCGCUACUCUGGUCCGUGAAGUCGCAGCUCCAGAUGUUUGCCGAAUGGGGAUUGAGAUCCUCAGUUUUACCAUCAAGGAUGUCUAUGAUAAAGUGGAUUAUUUGAGCUCACUGGGGAAAACUCAGACAGCAGCUGUGCAGAGGGAUGCAGACAUCGGUGUGGCAGAGGCGGAGAGAGAUGCAGGGAUAAGGGAAGCUGAGUGCAAGAAAGAAAUGAUGGAUGUCAAGUUUCUGGCUGACACAAAAAUGGCUGAUUCCAAACGAGAACUGGAAAUGCAGAAAGCUUCCUUCAAUCAAGAAGUUAACACAAAGAAAGCAGAGGCUCAAUUGGCGUACGAGCUCCAAGCUGCCAAAGAGCAGCAGAAAAUCCGUCUGGAGGAGAUUGAGAUCGAGGUGGUGCAAAGGAAGAAGCAGAUCACCAUCGAGGAGAAGGAAAUCGACCGUACUGAGAAGGAGCUCAUUGCUACAGUGAAGAGGCCAGCGGAGGCAGAGGCCUAUAAGAUGCAGCAGAUCGCAGAGGGACAGAAGAUCAAGAAGGUGCUGACCGCUCAGGCUGAAGCUGAGAAGAUCCGCUGUAUUGGAGAAGCUGAAGCCAACUCCAUCGAGGUUGUGGGUAAAGCUGAGGCCGAGAAGAUGAGGCUGAAGGCAGAGGCCUAUCAACAGUACGGAGACGCUGCCAAGACUGCUCUGGUCCUGGAGGCUCUGCCCAAGAUUGCUGGUAAAGUUGCUGCACCAUUGGCUAAGACCAAUGAGAUCGUGAUCCUGAGUGGAGACGGUAACCGUGUGACUGGAGAGGUGACGCGCCUCUUAGCCGAGCUCCCUGUGUCGGUGAAUGCCCUCACUGGGGUGGAUCUGACCAAGAUGCCGCUGCUACAGAAGAUGACUGGAGCGGCUGCAGUUUGACAUCUCCACUCUCACCUGCCUCAAGCAUGAAAAUACAUGUCUCUUAUAUUCAACCUCAGACCCAUUUAUGCAAGUUUAUUUGACAAGAGACACCAAAAUAACACAUUUUAUAUUUUUAUGAAGUUUUAAUUUUCAUGUUGCUGGGGCCUUUUACCAUAAGGACCAGACUAUUAACAUUUUUAGUUGUUAUUUUAGACCAGAUUUAGGCUGUAAUAAUAUGUUUAGUUCACUUCCUACAUGGGGUAUAUUUGGGAGACUAAUAGAUUAAAGCAAAUGUGUAAAGGGGCAAGACGUUAAAAUUUUAUUUGUAAAUCUGAAUGUUGUUUGUCUCAACAGUUUUAGUUUGCACUGCUUAUCAAGUAGACUCCAAAUUGCGUUUUUAUUUACUGUAGAAGGAGAUAAGUGGGUUUUGUGGAUCUUCUUGUUCUUGCUGUAAAACUAUUUGGUUCAUUGUUACAUUUCUUCUACUGUGCAGUGCCUGUUCACCACUGAAGUGCCCAAAACUUAGGAAUACUUUUGGUUUUAUUUUAGAUUUAUUUGUAUAGUAUGCCACUGUGUUCUGUCAAUAGACUGUAAACAUGUACACACUUUUACUAACAGUUCUUCUUUUCUACUUUCACACUUCAUUACAUGUACUAAAGCCAUAGAGCCAUCUUAAAACUCUGGUAACCUGCCAGGCUAACUGAAUAUUACUAUUACCUCAAGUAGCAAAUAGUAGAUGGACAGGGUGUAAGCUUUAAUUUUACCAAUACACAUCCUCUCUAAUUUUCUGUGACAAUAUUUUAGGCCAUUAUUAAUUAGGUACACUGUGUAACUUUUUUCUGGUAGGGCAUCUGUGAUGUUAUUGUUUUGCCUGAGAUGUUCCACAGUAUUGGUUUAUACUUGCAUAGUGUACUCUGUUUAUUCUGAAAACUCUCCACAGAUCUGACCUGUAAUUUGGACUGGUUGAGUCACUUGCUUGUCUCCAUGGAGAUAGAGCUGUGAAACAUUCCAGGCAAAGCAAAAUCAAGCAGGUGGUUGACCCUCCACCAGAAAAGCUACACAGUGUACUUUACAGUCUAAUUCGUAGGCUGCUAAUAAAAUGGUGUGAUGCAGUUUGUUUGUUUUUUAGAUGGAAGUUUAGCAUGUGAUCUGCUGGUACAUAAAGAAAGAGCUUUUUGACUGAAUCUUGAACUGAAUAUUUGAUAGCAUCACCACUACCGAUUUACACCGAUUUUUAAGGCCUACUAAAAUAGUGAUUUCAUUUUACCAUUUGUGUUGUUUUAUGUGACACGGACAGGUUAAAUUCAAUGUGAACGCUUUUGCCUCUAGAGGGCAGAGUUGGAGAAAAGUUGCCUGAUGUAGUCGCUCCUCUUUUUUGCAUUGUUCAUUUGAGCUUAUAUGAUAUUUCUGCAGUUCCACUUUCAAGAAAUCUGUGACAUGCCUACGUUUUCAGGGGCAUUGGCGACUUUUUUCAGUUUAUACUUGUAUUUUUUAUUGUAAAAAUGAUAUUAGUUGUGUAAUCCUCUUCAAAUGUUUAUCAGCACUGUUAGAACUCAGAUGUCUAAUUGUGAAUAAUAUUGUGAAGUUUAAGUUAGUGAUCCUCCUAAUCAGCUUUUGUAAUGAAUGUCAUAAUUUCAGGUUCAAAGGGCCAGUAUUUUGGUAAACUAUACUUAAUUCAUUGUGGCUCUCUGAUUCAAAUCUCUAUUCUAAUUUUACAAUUUUCUGGCCCUAUGAAAUAGCUUAUAUGUGUAGACAGACAGUGCCUCAAGUCAAACCCUUCAAGAUAUUUUAACUAAAAAUGGUGUGGUAGAUGUGAGCUUUAUACAUACUAAGAAAUUACAUGUUCCACCUGUUACUGUGUCUAUUUAAGGAUCAUAAAUUACUAGCGUUUGUAAUAAACUAACAUUUACUGAAAUUAAAUCCAAGUUUUGCAUUGUCGUCAUGUGAGAGAGACCAAACACUAGAGACCUAUGCCUUAUAUUACUCUUGUCUGGAAGUAUAACGCAGUAAAAUAUAACUGUUUCAAUAUGUUGCUUAUCUAACACUGGCCGUUGGAAAAUUGUAUGUAUCAGCCAUAGCAUCUACAGCAUGUGUUCAUAUAAUCCACCUUAUCUUGUGUGUGACCCUGUACAAAUGCCAUAGACCCUCAGUGUCUGUCUGCAACACAAAAAUAUUGAAAUAAAGAUCACAUUUUCAAGGUG